CUUGGUGGGGUGGGCCGAAAGUGAUCCGGAUAAGAAAUAAUCCAUCAUAAGAAAAGGUUUAUUUUUCAGCCAGAUCAGCCUCUUGCAUGCCAGCACACGGCAGGGAACAGAGCACUGUGAUGGCAACAAGCAGUCAGGGAUGGCAGAUGUGCUGCUGCCCCAAAUUACCUGUGACUUUUCUCCCUUCAUCUUUAAAGUCUGAUAGGAGUUGUUUCAUAGGAGUAAGUGUUGAAAAGUCAAGCGCUCAAUGAGAAGCAAUCAGCUGAGUCAACUAGUAGCAGAGAGGACUAUAAAGGCUUUAUACAAAAAUACAAUUACCCAAACAUCCAUCCCACAGAGAAGACCUUGUGUCCCAUUCUUGUUAACUUACUGCUACCAAAUUGUUCUGCCAUCUGAAACCCCAUCUGAAUUAACACUGGGUGCACUGCAAUGUGUGUUUUGACUGUUGUCACUCAACAGCUCUCUCACACACAUACUGUCACAGGAGGGAGAAAAAAUAUUUUGUGUUUCUCACAAAUUUUGCAAUUCUAAUCCAGGGGAGAGCACACUAACAGACCUCUUAUGAACAUAUAAUCUCUUUUUCACCCCAUUUCCUCUGUUCUGAGCCAGGAUCUAUCAUGUUUCAAGUGCAUCAGUAUCGGGAGGCCUGAGAACAUGUAAGAGGAAGGUGGAGUAUGAAUCGCUGUCGUUCAGAACUGGGAGAAAAAGUGAGAGGUGGUGGAAAAUAAAGGAUUCUGGGAAACAAAUCACUUGAAAAACAAGCAAACAAACAAACAAACUAUGCUUUCUUCUGUGAGCAUCGCCGUACCUCUGGCUUUUUGCCCCUUCAUUCACAUUGUCUCCACAAUAAAAAACCUUGGCUGAGCAAUGGCUCUUGCCCAAAGUUAGCCCAAAGGCUAACUUUAUUCAUAAUGUUUACCAGAGAACCAAUGUAAGUUGUGAAGUUAAAAUUAUAACAAAACAUAGAGCUAUAGAAUUAUUAAGGUUGGAAAAGACCCUUAGGAGCAUCUAUUCUAACCAUUAGCUGACCCUCACCAUGUGUCCCUCAGUGCCAUACCUCUAUGGUUCUUGAACAACCCCUGGGACUCUCCCUGCUGACUCCACCACCUCCCUGGGCAGCCUGGGUGCCUGACUACUCUUCCAAAGAAGAAAUUUUUCCUAACAUUCAAACUGACUCUCCACUGGUGCAACUUGAGGCACUGCUACCCAGGAGCAGAGGUCAACCACCUCCACACCACAACCUCCUUCUAAGGACUUGUAGACAGCAAUAAAGUCUCCCUGGAGCCUCCCCCAGACCACACGACCCUAGUUCCCUCAGCCGCUCCCCAUCACAGCCCCAGGUCCUUCACAGCUUCACUGCCCUCUGAAUGCACUCCAGAGUUUCCACGACUUUCAUGGGCCCAAAACACAGUGCUCGAGGUGUGACCUCACCAGCACCACACGUGCUGGAGCUUUCUGCCCAUAGGAUUGAGCUUCGGCAAAGUUCUGCUUGUGCCUAACAGAAUAUAGUGUCGUGCUGAUAGCGCAAUUUUUUUUUUUUCUUUUUUCAUUUCGUGUUUGUUCAAGCAGUAAAGAGAGGCCACAGCCUGCAAUCAUUCAGCCUAAAUACAUGCGCCUUUUUUUUUUUUUUUUUUUUCCGUGCAGUUGUAGGCACAAAGUGAUGGAGUCUGUGAGUCUGUGCAAAAGGCAACUUUGUCAAUGGCACACCUCAGCUAGCCGCGGUUGGGAGUAAUCGGCAGAACGAAGGCUUAAGGCGGCACCGCGGAAAGGUGCGUGGGCAGCAGGGGAGCUCAGGGGGCACAGCGGACCGGCGCGGGGCGAUGCACUCCUGCGCUGCGCUGGGCCGGCCGCUGCCCCCACGCACUGCGGCCCCGCCGGGCUGUGCGGGGCGGACCCUGCGCAGGGCGGGCACCGCGGCUUCGACAGCGGAGAGAGGAACGCGCGGCGCGGCGCGGCCCGUCAGGGGCACCCGGGUAGCGCCCAGAGCCUGGCGAAGGACUGCGCAGCUUCGGCACUGAGCGGGGUAACGCUUCGCCACUCCUCGGGCACCGCUGGGGGAUCUCCAUCCGCCCUCCGCCUCCCCUCUCGCUCCUUUCACUCUUUCGGCUCCCGCCCGCUCCUUACACUCUUUCGGAUCGUUUAAUCCCACCCUCACGGCCCGGGAGGGAGGGAGCGGAGAGGGAGGGGAAACAAAAGAGGGAUCUGGGGGAGCGAAGGGAGCAGCGAGAGGAGCGGGGCCGGAGGGGAGGGGCAGCGCUGCCCGGGGGAGCGCACGGCAGGGGGGACGGGGCGCGGCCGGGCCUUGGGAUGGUGCUUCUCCUGGGGAAUGAGAAUGGGAACGGGGGAAAACGGGAACCUGAAAAAAAGAGGCAGCUUCCUUCCUUUCUUCCUGCGAUCGGUGCCGCCCUCAGCCUGAGAGCGGGCGGGUCUCGGCGCAGGGAGAGGUCCUGUCCGGCCCGCCCCGAGGGGGGUGCGCCACUACUCCGGGGCGCUCCCGAGGGGCGGGGGGGAACCUCAGCAGUGCAGGGGCUGAAGUCACCGGCAUGAGUCUGGGGAGGAAGCUGCAGCCCGGCUGGUGGUGCUGCACAACGUAACGUGGUACCCGCGUGAGGGAAGGUUCGUAGGCUUCUUGCAUUCACGCUGCUGCUGAGAAAACCUCCUUGUAUGCAGUGAUGGGCUGCCAUGAGGACGCAGCAGGUGAAGCAGGCGUGGGCAAGGGCAUAAAGACUAGGAAAGCUGUACGUGUGAAAUCUGCUGCUUUCGAUACUACCCAUAUACCAGGCUGUUUCUCAGCUACUGCAUUUAUCCCAUUUUUUUCCCCAGUGUCAUCCAGAACCAGAACUCACACUCACUGCUCCUUACAGAUGUGGGAGAGAAGGAGGAAACCUCCAAAUCCCUCAUGGUACAGAAAGGAAGCCGUGUCAUUGACCCUAACAGGUGUGGACAAACUUUGGCAGCCACCAACACAAUGGUAUCUUGAGACCCAGAGAAGAUGCAGUGGAAGUGAAGGAGGGAGGGCACUGGGUGCCCUGAGGUAGGAGUGCCCUCUUGCAGCAGCUAUGUUACACUAUGCCUGGCAGCAAUACGGGAGGUGGUGCCGCUGGUCCAGUCCUUUCAUCCACCUUCUCACUCUGACUGUGUUGACAUUUGGUGUGCUGGCUCCUUUGAUUUGCCACCGACUCCUCUACUCUUAUUUUUAUUUGCGGCGCUGGCACCUGAAUCCCAUGAGCCAGGAGUUCUUGAGUCAGAACCAGCAGGAGGGUCAGGCUGCCCUCCAUUAUUUUGAGAAGCUGCAGAUACCAAAUAUCUCCAAGGCCUCCAACAGUGAAACCUUUCGGCCCCUGCUACUGGUCACUAUUAUCACUGUGCAGAGGCGGGAUGAUUUCCACUAUGUCUUGCAGGUGGCAUCCCGUUUCCACCACCUGCUCCAGCAAUGUGGGACAAAUUGCCAGAGCCACCGUGUCCUCAUCUGUAACGUGGAGCCUGACCCCAGUCGUCAUCAAGAUGUCAAGUUGCUGAGCAGCUUCUUUCCUAUGGUCAGUCGUGACAAAGCUAGGGAGGACCCUGACCCGAGAGUGAACCACUUUGAGAAGGAGAAGCAGGACUAUGUCUUCUGCCUUGAGCAGUCACUCUUGGCAUAUAACCCAGAAUAUGUCCUGGUAGUGGAAGAUGAUGCUGUGCCAGAGGAAGAGAUAUUCCCUGUCUUGCAGCACCUCUUCUUAGCCCGAUUCUCCAAACCAUACCUCAGAGAUGCGCUCUACUUCAAACUUUACCAUCCUGAGAGGCUUCAGCAGUAUGUCAAUCCUGAGCCCAUGCGAAUCCUCGAGUGGCUGGGUUUGGGAAUGUUUCUGGGGCCUGUGCUGAACUGUGUGUACUCCUGGGCAGCUGGGCGCCCGAGCCUGAAUUGGCCCAUCAUCUUGUUCUUUGCUGCCUACAGCAUGGCACUGUCAGAGCUGGUGGGACGGCAUUACUUGCUGGAGCUGCGCCGGCUGGCCCCUGUGCUGUAUAAUGUUGUGCCAGUCACAGAGUGCUGCACACCUGCCAUGCUGUUCUCUGCUUCUUCUGCCCAUCGUGCCUUAGGUUAUUUGAAGGGACUGCAGUGUCGCCAGGGUUUUGCUAAAGACAUUGCCCUCUACUCACUGCUGCGCACGAAGGGGGAGAAUGCCUACGUGGUGGAACCCAACCUGGUCCGGCAUGUGGGGAUGUAUUCCAGCCUUCGGCUACACGAGAACCCGAAACUGCUGUGAUGUCUUCAUGCCUUUCUAGACACAAAGCCCUGAAAACCUGGUCACUGAGCUGAGACACCGCAAUCUCAAAUGCUGAACACCCCGUCACUUGCACCAAACAUCCACUGCCUCCAAGUGGACAGAGAACAACUCUUGAAAAACAAGUUUCUCAAGAAAUGAAGCUUAUGUACAUGCAGACCCUAGUAUAUAUUUUGAAUUAAUCACUAUACAGCAUGUAUGGCUUGGACUAGAUGAUCUUAGUGGUCUUUCCAACUUUAAUGAUUGUAUCAUGCUAUAUGAGGGGGAAGUGGAGGCUUUCAGAUUAGGGUGUGGGUCAUCUACUCUCCUUCACCAUGAUCAAGGAAAAGGUCUCACACCAUUAUGAACAGCUGUACUGCCUACUCUCCUUUGCAUUCAUUACAGAAUUCUCUGCCUAGGGAACAAGCAAUGCUGGACAAAGUGAAUGCGUCUAAUUUAAGCUAGUGAGGAAAAAUGGCUCUUCUUUGCCCAUCCUCACUAAGGUCUGAUGUCUGAUCUUUCUAUUUCAAAGUUGUGGUUCUGAGCAUAUCUUUCAAAAGCAGCAUAGAUAUAAUGAGAACUUUCCUGAAAAAUCAUGUAGGUUCUGCAAAUUUUACUAAGAAUUUCAGUAUUUCUUACUCUCUCUCCUUCCAGUCUGUACCUAUACCCUUUCCUAUCCUUUUCUGUAGAGCAGAGGUCAUUGGAAACUUGUCUCUGCUGCUUUAUUAAAGGUCAGCUCAGAAGGUAGGAAAAGGAAAGCAGAAUAACAGCCACUGGUGCUACACAGCCACAUCACAAAUGCACAAUUUCAUAGAUACAUUUCCAGAAAUUAUAAACAGUACAUAAUUACUACCAUGUUGGUUGGUAUCACCACUAGUUGUAGAGGAUCUAGGUUGUUAAGAGCCUUUAUCAGUUGCUGAUUGGACUUAGACAUUCAACAGGAAUUUACCUUGACUUCCUAUCAGCACAGAAGCAAAGGGAAGAUUACAUCAGGUACUGCCACAGUGUGGGAUCCUUAUUUCAUUUUGGAACUGUAAUUUACAGCUCUGUCAAAGUGGUCCACUCACUGCUCCUGGCAGCAAGCAAAGUAGCUGUAAGAAACGAAGCUAGCUGUUCAUAUGAAGAAGCAACACAUCAAAGUGCCACUCCUCUGUUGAUCCAUUAACUUAACCUGUUCUGUUUGUCAGGCAUUUGGGAUAGGUACUUUGUACUUUAGCUGUGAGCACAGUUAAAUAUAAAACCAUGGGGAUAACAGAGAUACCAUAUAAUAUCAAGACAGUCACCAAAACGUAACUGAAAAAAAGCUCUCUUGGACUUCAGUGGGCUUUGAAUCAAGUUCACUUUUAUGUGGUGUUUGGUUAAGCAAUACUUGAAACCAGUUUCCUAACUUCAGAAUUAACCAAGCACAGCAUUUUCAUUGAGUUUUGGUUGGGGAGGGUUGUUUAUUCCUUUAUUCUUGCCAAAGGGAGAACUCUACUUUGAAUUUUUCUUUUUUCAGUCUCUACCAGGUUAUUUAAGCCUUCAGCUUUUAACAAGUUUGGUUGUAGGUGGAAAAGGUAUAAAAAUCCUGAGAGGUGAAUCAUUCGCAGACCUCCAGCUGUGUUGUGUCCAUAGUGGGUACUGAAUACACGGUACAUGUGCUUAACAUAGGUUAGCCAAUUAGAAAUGGCUUCACAGCUUGGGGCAGUGCAGGCUCAGACAGAUGAACUUUGCUCGCUUAGUAGAUCAGCUAGGACACUUUGAUAUCUUCUUUGGAAAUCAGAUGUGAAUAAUGCUUGCUUGUGGAUUUCAUGUCAUUCCAAAGGCCAAACACUUCUUCUGCUAGAAGACACAGAAAAGAUUGCACAGGCAGAACUCUUAAGUUCAUUCUUAGCUGCUGAAAACCCCAAAGAUAUCAAAAUGGCCACACAGAACCACCAGUGGCAGGUGGGCAAGCCUAUUCUUGGGCUUUUUGAUAACAAGGUAAGAUGGCAGGAUGUGAGUGUCACUUUCUAUUUAUUCCACUAAGUGCCUGCACCUGCAAGUACAACAUGUUUGUUUAUGCUUCUUCAGCUAUGAAUGUUUCAGUGUGGUAUGCUUUCUCUUCACUCUUUUUUUUCAGCUUUGUACUGUACAAAUCCAGAACAACAUCCUGUUAUUUUCAUGGGGCUCCUCUCACUCUUGCAAAGAAAAUCUCACUGUAAAGUACAAUGUGGAUAUUAGGACAUUUUUUUUUCUCCAAAAGAGUGAUUAGGUGCUGGAACAGGCAGCCAAGAUUGUUGGUCAAGUCACUGUCCCUGGAGGUGUUCAAGAAACAUUUAGAUGUUGUACUGAGGACGUGGUUUAGUGGGAAAUAUUGGUGAUAGAUUGAUAAACAUUGGUGAUAGAUUGAUAAAUCUUGGAGGUCUUCCAACCUUCAUGAUUCUAUGGUUCUAUAAUUCUAUAAUAAGUGGGAUAGAGAAAGAAAAAAUGAAAGAAGGAAAAGGAAUUAAGAAACUUUAGAUAAGAAUGCAACCAAUGGAAUCAAUAAAUAUUUUGAUGUGGGAAACUA